AUGGCCCCAGCCCCAAUCGACCCAAGCAUCGUGGACGUGGCAGAGCCAAGGAAGGACACGCUCGGCCUCCCCAAGACAACCCUAGAAAGGCUUCAAAAAGCUGAGAUCGACCUCUCGAACGGAUAUCCGUACCGUCCGUCCCGCCCCCUGUAUCUAGACGAUGUCUACCGGAUCCGCGACUACGAUCGUAAACACGUUGACCCCGGUAGCCGCGCAGACCCGGAAAAGAAGGCCCUCCUCUCUGCAGCAAAGGAAGUCAUCCACUUGACAAAGCACAUCGGAACGGAAAUCGUAGGCCUGCAGCUAAAGGACUUGACGGACCAGCAGAAAGACGAGCUGGGCCUGCUGAUAGCCGAGCGCAGCGUUGUCUUCUUCCGAGACCAGGAUAUCUCGCCGCAGCAACAGAGAGAACUGGGAGAAUGGUACGGCGAGAUUGAAGUUCACCCCCAAGUCGCGCAAGUCCCCGGCCUCCCUGGCGUCUCCGUAAUCUGGCCAGCCCUCCAAGCAACAGAAUUCCCAGCCAACUUCCGACGCCCCGGAGGCGCCUCACGAUGGCAUACAGACCUCGUCCACGAACGACAGCCCGCAGGGGUAACGCACCUGCACAACGACACCGUCCCCUCCAUCGGCGGAGACACGCUCUGGGCAAGCGGAUACGCCGCAUACGAGAAACUAUCCCCAGCCUUCCGACAGAUCAUCGACGGCCGCACAGCCAUCUACCGCUCCGCGCACCCGUAUCUAGACCGCAAGAACCCGGAUGCCGGGCCUAAGUUCGUAGAGCGCGAGCAUCCGAUUGUGCGCGUGCACCCGGCGACGGGGUGGAAGGCGCUGUGGGUGAACCGCGCCAUGACGGAUCGGAUUGUUGGGCUGGAUCGCGCGGAGAGUGACCUGAUCCUGGGGUAUCUGUAUGAUGUGUUUGAGAAGAAUGUGGACAUCCAGGUGCGGUUUAAGUGGAGUCCUAGGACAAGUGCUUUGUGGGAUAAUCGGAUUACCAUCCACAAUGCGAGCUGGGACUAUGAAGGCUCUGAGCCUCGUCAUGGCACGCGCGUUACGGCACUGGCGGAGAAGCCCUUCUUUGACCCUAAGGCGAAGAGUCGCAGGGAGGCGCUGGGUCUCUUGGGGGGCGAUGAGGUCGAGGAAUUGGAGCGACUUCGUCUAACUCAAUAG